UCAGUUCGUUGCCAUCAAACCUUGUCAUUUUAUCAUGUAUUAUUGGGUAAUAUCAGCAAUCGCCAAUCAGCUACUUGUCUAAUCUUGCUGGCUGCUGCACUCCUGCCCACUACCCAGUGUUCAGUGACUGUGCCACACUCUGCCAUCCGACACUCACAUUUCAUUUUGUCAUUAAAUCAUUAAAAUCCCGGCCUAAUCAGCAGCUCUCUGUUUUAUUUUUUUCCUGCCGAUUUUCUAAAGGCUCUCCAUACGGGUAACUGCGAACAGUUACUUAGCGCUAAUCCUCUAUUUCAGACGAAGGACGAAUUUCAGAACUUAUAGAAGUGAUGGACAACUUUGGUGAUAAUUUCGAUGAUGGAGACGUCGAUCCAGCCGCAGAAUUUUUGGCUCGAGAACAGACUCAAUUGGCGGGCUUAGAAGACGAUCUCAACACACCCAACGUACCGAUCGGUGUCACCCAAACAUUAUCAAAUGAUACAUCGUCUCCAAUAAAUGCUCCAAAAAUUGAAAGAGAAGAACCAGAAAAAAUUAAAAAAUGGCGAGAAGAACAAAAGACUCGAUUAGAAGAAAAAGAUGCUGAUGAAGAAAAAAAGAAGGAAGAAUUACGAUUGGUCGCUAAAAGUGAAUUGGAAGAAUGGUAUAAGAUUCACAAAGAACAAAUUGCAAAAACUAAAGACGUGAAUCGAGAAUCUGCAAUAAAUGCAGAGAAACAAUUUGUUGCUGAAUCUGAUGAAAUUGAGCCAGGCACUGAAUGGGACCGUAUCUCAAAACUCUGUGAUUUUAACCCAAAGUCCAGUCGUGCUAGUAAAGAUGUAACACGCAUGAGAUCUAUCAUUCUUCAACUUAAACAGACUCCACUGAAAAAACCUGUAUCACCUGCAAAAUAAUUUGUAAUUAUAAUUUCCUUUCUGUCAUUCCUAUACAGUAAAAUAUUUAUUCUAUUGAGUUUUUUUAUUUUAUAACAUUGCUACAUAGUAAAUAUUAUAUUAAUUUCAGAGGUAAUAAGUAUAUAAUAAUUUUUGUUGCAUGUUUAUGCUCAUUAUAUUGUAUUAUUCAUUUGUUAUUCAUAAAGUAUUAUUCAUAAAAUUAAAUUAUUUGAAAACUUUUCUGUUACUUGUAAUAUCAUACCAUAUUGCAAUAAAUAUCAAAUAUUUAAAC